AAAUUAGAAACCACAUUUGUAGACCUAAUACAUUAAAUGAUAAGUUUUUAAAAAAAAAAAUCAAUACACAUAAAAAAGGAUUGAGUAUUUCUGGCAGUGAGUCGUGAUGUUAGAUAGAUGGAUGCUUUAUUAUUCCCAAACUGGGAAAUGUAAUACACAUUAUCAUCAUACCCCUCACAAUAAGGUGUAGUUAGUAUUUAUUAAUAACAUUCAGUUGAACAAUAGCCUGUAGUUUUGCACUGAAUACACCCUUUUACCGAAAAUACUGUAUUUGAUUGAUAGCUGAUGCGACCAAUCACCGACGACGUGACGCGCGCCGUAUUGACCAAUAGCCAGCCCAGAUUGAGGAAGCCAAUCAGAGACACCGCUGCAAUAAAGCUCAGUGCACUUGUCAUCAAUAAUACCUCAAGGCUGCUGCACAUCGCUCAUGACCCGUUAAGCGUCCUGACAGCACGAAUUAACAAAAAAAAGCAACCUCGCUCUAUGUGCAGUGUUAAAAAAGAAAUAGACGCGUGUGUUUCUGUCAUUUUCCAACAAUAACCGGCUGGAAAUAAGGAACCCUUAUCACUUUAUUUGUCUGCCGUCUUGACUAUUAACCACCCGGCUCAAGCAUGACAGGAAGCCCCGAUGGAAAGCAAGAUGAGGAGGUCCUUGGGGUCUCGAUGGUUCGUUUCCAGAGCUACUUGCACGGAGGGACCUCCAGCUUGCUGUCCGCCCUCCCCACUGUCCUCGUCUUCCCCGUUUAUAAGACUGUUUUCCGUCAACAAAUCCACAACACUUCGGUGCUCAAGGCAGUGGGGCAGCUCUACAAGGAGGGACCUGUGAAGCUUUACAGGGGUGUGGUUCCACCACUACUGAUGAAGACCCUGAGUGGCACUCUGUUCUUUGGCCUCCAGGACACCUUCCUCCAAAAACUUACCCUGUCAUCCCAAAACAUCAUCCCUGCCUCUGCCCUGCCCGCCCUGGCCGGUUUUGGUACAGGCGUGGUCGAAGCUGUGUGUUUCACCCCCUUUGAGCGCGUUCAGAAUGUGCUGCAGAACAGCCAGAAUGACCGCCGGCUCCCCUCCCUGAAGAGUGUUCUCGCAGAUCUGUAUAGACGGAAGAUGUCCUUAGGCUACUACAGAAGCUUCCUGCCCAUCACGGCCCGAAACGCCCUGGGCAGCUCCCUCUACUUUGGCCUGAAGGGGCCCGUGUAUGAAGUUGUAGCAGGGCAGGGGCACUCUCCGGGGGUCUCCUCCUUCAUCUCAGGUACACUGAUCUCCAUGGGAAUCAGCUUAGCUCUGUACCCGCUGAAUGUGCUGGUGGCGAACAUGCAGGCGCAAGUGGAAGGGGAACUGAAAGGAGUCAGGGCUUGCUGGAGGGAGCUGUGGAAAUCCCGGCAACAGAGUUUGUUUCUGCUGUACCGGGGAGGCUCGCUGGUGAUUUUGAGGUCGUGCAUCACGUGGGGGAUAAUGACUGCCAUUUAUGACAAGCAGGAGAAACGAUCGGGAUAAAGGGGAGUUUAAUCGCGAAAGAUUUUUGAUGUCAGUGCACAUUCUGUUACGUUCUGGAGGAAUCCAUACGUUUUAUCGCCUUUGUCUUGGCAAAGAAUUAACAGGUGCUACUGCUAAUUUUAAUUCUAAGUCAGCAAAUGGGACAGUGUAUGAGCCCGUAUGAGCAAUUAUAUUGCCCUGAAUCAACAGGAAGUGCCCUGAAUCAACAGGAAGUGUUGCUGCACCUCUGCCAAGUCUUCUCACGAGCCAAAGUUUUUAUUUAGUUAUUUUUUUCUUUAUUUUUGUUUCUAGAAGUGUAAAUGGUGCUAGUGACAGUGAAUAUUAUCUUAUGAGGGAGGUUCAUGAAAUUUUACUUAUAAUAAGAGCUUGACAUAGUAGGAAGGGUUAACAUUUAAUACAUCUCAGCAUCUGAUACCUCGAUCCUGAUCUGCCUCAACAACAUCAUGGUUCUACUAAUCUUCCUCCGUCGGUGCAUAAAGGAGUUGGAUGCAUGGAUCAGGACGUUACUUAAGUCUAUGUAUGAUGCUGUAACAGGUAGUCUCUGCACUCCUGACAAACUCGAUGUGACUGACACCAGUCGCCUGACUGACUUAAACUGGUUCAUCUUCUUCCUCUUACCGUACAUACAUGCUCGAAGCAAACUUUGUGACAUCACAGCCGUGCUACGCUGACACUUCGGGUUUGUAUCGAGGCUGACGUUGUAAACUGACCACACGGGAUAGUGCAGACUCCAGGACUGCAGGACAUGGAGAGUUUUGUAGUUGUUUUCAGUUUCUGUUUUAAUGGGUGAUUUCUUUUGUCCCUGAACCAUCAUUUUUGUUAUACGUUUCAAGAACAUUGUUUAGUAAUUGCUUUAUGGGACAUUGUGUUACAGGGCGUUGUGGGUCUGUGUAAAUACCCUGCGGGGUUACACGGUGUCAGUCUCAGGUAGACCUGUAUCGUGCUUUAUUUUCUCAGGAUUGUCAGUCAGUUUCAGUUGAUGGUCUAAGUUAAUGGUGACUUUUAUUGCAGGAUAUAUUUUUUGGAGAUUGUUUUUGUUUUGGAUGCUUUUGUUUCUAAGAUGCGACAUUAGUUUCGGACAUUUUGCAAUUCAGAAGGAGCCAGAGAAAGAGCUUUAAUACAAAGCAGUAUAAUGUGGGCGCUGUAAUAUAGCUAUUACAUAUGAAUUAAAGGGCUGGGACAAAUAAGACUCAUUGGCUGAGUGAUAAGUAUCAGUAGGAUGCACUGGACCAAGCCUGAUCUACAGAGGCCUCUCCCCUCAACCCAUAGGAACCAAAGGCCUCUACCAAAGUCAUUCCAUUACCAGACACUACAGGACACCCUCAGAAGGCCCAUCUCCAUACCUGGAUGAGUCAAAAGUGCUUCGGAGGCACAAGAGAGACUCAGACAAUAUUAGACAGGUAGUCAUAAUGUUAUGUAUGAUCAAGUGUACCGUCUUAUUUAUUCUAGAAAUUGCCUGUAUCCUGUCAGAUGACAGUUUGUUUAAAUUGUAGAUCUGUAAAUUGUUUGACUGUGGAAAAGGGGAAGUUAUAACACCAUCGUUAUUUGAGUUUUUUUUCUUUUUUUUCUCUUUCUAUAAGACAUGCUCAGUUUAUGGAAUAAAUAAGUGUUGUCAUUCUGGAUGAGUAAAGUAAAUUGACUGUGGGAAAGGGGACACUGCCUACACAAUGAAUAACUUCAUAAUUAUUGGAGAUUGUACCUCAAAGUGCAUUAAUAAAACGCUACGGGCACUGAUGGGA